AUGAUUGGGGGUGUUUUGACAUUUGAAAAAAAGCUCAAGGAGCGGUUUGACAGUAAACUGAAGCGACAUCAAUUGGUUAUUAAUACUAUGGAAGUUGCUAAAAAACAGAGGCAGUUUCCCUUGAUGGAGUUAACCAUGAAGCUGCUUAAGCGGGUUUACUGCUGGAACGACGCACCUGGUCUACGUUUUCCUUUUAUCGGUUAUCUCAUCAUUGGAGCGUAUCCAAUAGUUUGGCUCAUUCCGAGUUGGUUAUUCAUAGCUACUUCGCGUCAUAACAUUACUAAGCUACUGAAGGCCGUCAACGAGCAGAUCGUAUUUUUUACCAUAUUCUACAAGCUGUACUCGUUCGUAAAAAAUUUUCAGCAGUGGGAGCAACUGUUUUACGACAUACAGCGUGCAUUCAACACCGUCCACGAAGAUAUCGAUAUUCAGAUUCAAUCGAUCUUGGGACACGUCGUGAAAUCGGCCCGAUUUUUAACUAAAAACUAUUUUUCAGUUUUACUGAUCAAUUGUUCGUUGUAUGGAUUUGUUCCGAUGGUAUUCGUUGUAAUAAAGUAUGCUGUUACAGGAUCCUACGAUGUACCACUCGCGGCACCAGUUGAAUCAAAUUAUUUCAUUCCAGGUUAUCAAACCAACUUCUGGAUCUGGCUUCCGUUUGACUGUUUCCUCAGUGCUAUCCUGCAAAUUCACGGGAUAGUGUUAUUUUCUGUGGAGUGUUUCAUAUGGAAUUUGCUUCAUGCUACAGCAUGCCUGUUUCGAAUCCUGCAAGUCAAAGCUGAGCAGCUGGGCGACAGUAAACCAAAGGGCCAAUCUUCCAAAGACAUACAAAAUUUUAUCGUCCUACAUGAUUUGGUGUUGCGGUCGGCCGGAAAAAUGGAAGAGAUCCUUCGUGGCGAAAUGCUUUUUCUGUAUAUGUCAACAAUUUUUGCACUGUGCCUGAUGAUGACUGUGAUGUCUGUCGCAUUCAAAGAUGUUUAUCUUUUAAUUAUAAUGGCGUGCGUGUUCGGGUACUGCUUGUUUCAAACAUUCGCCUUCUCGAUUCUGGGAUCUGAGCUUAUUGAGGAGAGUACUGCAGUAGCGGAUGCCAUUUUUCGCAGCAAAUGGUACACUCAGGACGUGAAGAGUCAACGCGAUUUAGGUUUCAUACUGAUGCGUGCCCAAAAGCCGGUUAAAAUAACUGCAGCGAAGCUGUUCGUCGUCACUCGAGAUUCGUUUACGCAGGUGAUAAGACAGGCAUAUACAAUAUUCACGCUAAUGUCCCAAUUUCUGGAUAACACUGAAAUUUAA